AUGGAUUUUUGGCCUAGUGUGCGUUUCUGGCAAGCGAACGUGGGGGACUACCGGGGAAGAGGAGGGGAGUCGCGGCAAGUGCGGGAAGAGGAGGAGGAGGACGAGGACGAGGAGGAGUACACCGUGGAGGUGUGGGACGCGCUUGACUCCCUAGAACAGUUAAAGCCCAUCAUCGCGUCGGGCCCGCGGUGGAAGCUCGAGGAGUUUCUACGAGCCAUCGACAUCCUCCAGGAGAUGGCGGAGUUCUUUGAGCGCAACGAGUGCGCGUCGGGCGUGCGCGAGUGCGAGAAGUACAUGGCGGUCGCCAUGGACCACCUCGUCGACGAGUUCCGCGACGCGCUCGUCAAAAUCAGCAAGCCGUUGCCAGCAGCCAUGCUGCGCGAGGUGGCCAUGUCAGCGCACGCGGGCCGCCUCGUCGACCAGCACCAGGGCGGCGCUGCUGCUGCCGCCGCCGCCGUGCUGGCGGGCGCGGCGGGCCCGGGCGUGCCGCGCACGUCCACCGGAUCCUCGUCCGCGUCGUCGCACCUGCCCACGUCGCGCUCGCGCACCGCCAACACCACCUCGUCGCCCGACUCGUCGGGGUCGUCGUCGCCCGUGGGGGGUGGGGGGUCCGCCACGGCGCACGCGGUGUCAGCCGCCACGCACCUGGCGCUGCAGGACUGGCUGUCCGCCAGCGCCGUGCCCUUCCUGCACCGCAUGGCCGUCAAGCUCGCGCAGGGGGGCGAGUCGCAGCGCUGCAUGCAGCAAUACGUGUGA